ACACGUCACUAGUCGUCAGUUUCCCCGCGGUUUUAAGUGUUUGAUUGAGGGGCUCUACGUUAACUCGACUGUGCUAUCUGUUUUUAUUUCUUUUCUGGUUAACCAUACACAUCCGCAAUGACGGGCGUUCACGAGUCUCCAAAACACAGAAUCAAUGCAUCGAUGACGUCGCAGUACAUUAGUCGACCAGUCUGCUUCGUUGGACGCUUGGAAAAGGUCCAUCCAUCAGGAAAUGCUCUUACCUUGUCAGAUGGAGAAGGAAAGAUGGCAUCAGUGGAGCUCAAUGAACCUCUGGAUGAAGAGCUGAGUGGGAUUGUGGAGGUUAUUGGCAUGGUUUCCAACAAAGGAUCAAUCAUGGCUGUUUCAUAUAAUCAGUAUCGAGAAGACAAAAUCCCCUUCGAUUUGGAGCUGUACAAUGAAGCAUUGAAAGUUCUUCAUGAUUAUCCACAGCAUUACCCAUUUGAAGUUUCUGCAAGCGGUUGAAACUUUUCAUGGUUUAUUUUUUAAAUAUUAAUUUUAUUUGCCUUUUGUGUAAUAAGAUUUUUCCUGUGUUUGUAAAAUAUGGUAACCAUUUUGAGUAUUUAAUGAUCCAGAGUGUUUGUACUUGAAAUAAAACUUGUCAAAAC